AUGGGUCGCUUCGGUUUCUUUUCUCUGGCUCUCCUCUCUGUCCAGGCCUUGAUUGGCGGCAGUCUCGCGGCUGAUGCUGCUGAGAAGGAGGAGGCUCCCGAGUCCCCGUUGCUUUCCGUGUCUGCCCACGCCUCCUUCCCUGCCUCGGAGAUCUUUGGCGUUAAGCUCGUCAAUGGCCACCCGACCCAGGCGCUGAUCACCUUCGCCAACGAGGAGCCCGCUCCCGUCACGGUGAACUUCAUCGGAGGCACCCUGUCCUCUCUGGAGGAGGACAGCCAGAUCAUCCGCAACUUGACUUCCCACCGCUACAGCAUUGAGAUCCCUGCUGGCCAGCAGGAGAGCGUCAGCUACAGCUUCGCCGUGGAGAUGCACCCCCAGGAUCUGAGACUCGCCCUCGCCUCAGUCAUCUCCGAUGCCGACGGCAACCUGUUCACUCUCUACGCCCACAACGGAACUGUCAGCGUCGUCGAGCCCGAGACCAGCAUCUUCGACCCUCAGAUCAUCUUCCUGUACUUCUUCCUCCUGGCUUGCUUCUCUGGAGUCACCUACUUCUUCUACACCGUCUGGAUCGCGCCCUACUUCCCCCAGAAGCGCCGCUCCACCAAGCCCGAGCCCAAGAAGUCCACUACCUCCAAGAAGGAGGCCCCCGUUGAGGCUCCCACCAGCCCGGCCGUCUCGUCGGCCACCACCUACAACGCCGAGUGGAUCCCCUCCCACCACAUCAACCGCCCCGAGGCCCGGAAGGUCAAGGGCGCCGGCGCCAAGGCUAAGAGCCGUGCUGCCUAGACGGCUCCGCGAUGGCGGAUCGAUGGAUGAAGUCGGGGGCGAUUAAUAGGGAAGAGCUGCUCAUGGCGGAGGGAACCUUGGGUGGUUCUCUCCGCGACCCCGAGCGAGGUUAGCUAACCAAUGGAAGAGAUUGCUGAAAAUGUGAUCAGCCUAGAGUUGUUGCUGCCUUUGGAU